AUGGAGCUGGUGGAAUACGUUUUCCUUGCCCUUGGUUUUCCUAUGGUGAGUUUCACUCCCCACGAACUCAGCUUGGUCAUUAAGUUGGAUAUGUACUUGAACAACUUGACAACAUUAGACAUGGAAGCUCUUAGUUUCGGAAGACGACUGAAGAAUCUGGAAGAGCAAUUUCAAAAACUUCAAUCUUCUGAUUCGUUCAACUUGACACAUUUUAUCUUUGAGCACAGCAUUAAGUGUCAAGAAUUUUUCUCCAAAUGCGUCGCUUUGGUGUUUCCCCUAACAUGCUGCGACAUUUUUCAACCUGUACUAACUAGCAUUGGAUUGUGUUACACUUUGAAACCGAACAAUGACUUCGCCGAUCUAAUGGAAAAAAUGCCUCUGGAAGUUCCCUUCAUUAUGGACCUGAUAUCACCUCCUCAUCCAGGCAAAAGUUUGGAGAAAGGCUUCAGUGUGUUUUUGACCCAUCCCAGAGAAUUGAUUUCUUUCUUUGAAGAAAGCGAGGGACAGAAGAUAGUACCUGGAUAUACCACUACCAUUUCUGCCCACCUCUUUAAAAGACAGCGUACAGCUUUGCACACCACCUGGCAUGGCAGAUCAAAUAAUUGUCCAAAACUGUUCAACAACGAACGCUUCACGAACAAGAUGUGCAACGCAGUAUUUACUACGAUGAAUUUUGGUAACAAAUGCAAUUGUACAUCGGUUCUACAAAACGAAUGCGUUUCACAAGUUCCCGAUUUCGUGUCUGAAAUUAUUAAGUCGAGACUGAAUCAAAAAAAUAAGACUGAAAAAACAUGUGGGCCUUACGAAAUGUACGGUUGCUUUUUCUCACACAGCCUCAAAAGUAAUUUGUCUUAUCUUCUGGAAAACUGUCAGGAGCCUUGCAUCUAUUACGGAUAUCAUAGCAAAGUGACCAGCAUGAGUCUAGGAGGAGAAAAUAUCAGCCGACUGCAAAUAAUAUAUAAUCAGAAUCAAUACUUAUAUGAAGAAUACCGAAAGGCUACACUCUCCAGUUUAUUUAGUCAGGUUGGUGGUGCUCUAGGCCUGUACCUGGGUGCAAGUAUCAUCACUGUUGCAGAAAUUGUCAUUUUCAUGGCAUCAUGGAUUUGGUUCAAGAUUUGUCCCAUCAAAGUGAAGAAAUGA